CGUAAGCACGCGCCCUGGCGGCCGGCAGCCGGCAGCCGGCGGCCAGCGACCAGAACACAGCCGGAAGAGCAGAUUUCACGCACAAUGGAUGGGAUAAGCAGGAAGCACAGGAUUCUUAUGGUGUCUGACUUUUUCUUCCCAAACUUUGGUGGUGUGGAGAGCCACAUAUAUUAUCUAUCGCAAUGCCUGCUGAAGCUUGGCCAUAAGGUUGUUGUCAUGACACAUGCAUAUGGAAAACGUUCUGGAGUACGAUAUGUUACUGGUGGAUUGAAGGUUUAUUAUGUGCCAUGGAGACCUUUCUUGAUGCAGAAUACACUGCCUACAUUGUUCAUGACAUUUCCAGUUAUAAGGACCAUUCUUAUUCGUGAGAGGAUUUCUGUUGUGCAUGGACAUCAGGCCUUUUCAACCCUGUGCCAUGAAGCCUUGAUGCAUGCUAGGACGAUGGGGUACAAAGUCAUCUUCACAGACCACUCGCUUUAUGGUUUUGCCGACGUUGGAAGCAUUCACAUGAAUAAGGUGCUGCAGUUUACUCUUGCAGAUAUUGAUCAGGCCAUAUGUGUGUCUCACACAAGCAAAGAGAACACUGUCUUGAGGUCAGGGAUAUCUCCAGAGAAGGUUUUCAUGGUCCCUAAUGCAGUGGAUACUGCAAUGUUUACUCCCUCCCCCAACCGCUUAAGCCGUGAUGAAAUCAUCAUUGUUGUGAUAAGUAGAUUAGUUUAUCGAAAAGGUGCUGACCUUCUUGUUGAAGUCAUUCCAGAAGUAUGCCGUCUGUUUCCAAAGGUUCGCUUUAUUGUUGGAGGUGAUGGUCCAAAACGUGUGCGACUUGAAGAGAUGAGGGAGAAGUUCUCCCUUCAGGAUAGAGUUGAGAUGUUAGGGGCUGUACCUCAUGCUCAAGUACGAUCUGUUCUGAUAUCUGGUCAUAUAUUUCUGAACAGUUCGCUUACAGAAGCAUUUUGCAUAGCCAUUCUGGAGGCAGCAAGCUGUGGACUGCUGACAGUUAGCACUAGAGUCGGAGGGGUUCCAGAGGUUCUACCAGAUGACAUGGUAGUACUUGCAGAACCAGAUCCAGAAGAUAUGGUACGAGCUGUCAGGAAAGCUAUUGACAUACUUCCUGGCAUAGAUCCCCAAACUAUGCAUCUUCGGAUGAAAAGACUCUAUAGUUGGGAUGAUGUGGCCAAAAGAACAGAGAUCGUGUACGACCGUGCAAUGCAGUCCUCACACACAAAUUUGCUAGACCGUCUUCCCAAAUACCUCACAUGUGGAGCUUGGGCAGGCAAACUGUUUUGCCUUGUGAUGAUCAUAAACUACCUCGUAUGGUGCCUCCUAGAAUUUCUGCAGCCAUCCAAAGAUAUCGAAGAAGUCCCAGAUAUAAUAGGGCCACUACACAGUCAGUUACAUUCAGUCGAUGAUGACUAGCGCGAAGCACGAGGGAAUACUACUUAGGCUGCCAUCCAUUUUGGCCUGGAGGUCAUGAUAUAUCUACUUUGGCUGGCUCCCGCUCUGGAAUUUCUUUCAAUGUUUCCUGGUCCUUUAGUGACUGAAAUAGAAUAGGCCGUCUUUCAACAAAGAGGGACUGCUGACAGCGAAGGGGUCUGAUAUAUGAAAAUCACACCAUAAUGCGGUAUCAAUUUGCACCGAAAUGUGUUUCGUGAAAGCUAAUGGUUGUCAGUAGUAAUGACUUUAUUGUGUGUGAUGUAAUUGUAUGUUGUCAGUAGUAAUGAUUCUCUUGUCUGAUGAGUAACAUGGAUCAAACAAUACAAUUACAUCACAGAAAAGAGCUUUUCCUGGUGCAACAUGCAUGACCAUUGUCUGUUAACCAUCAAA